AAAGGUGAGUAAUUAGUGUUUAAAUCAUUCAUAUAAAUUUCUGCGGUGUUGUAGGCACGACGUUUGUUUUAGAUGUGUGUUUUACUCGUCAUCAUGGCUAAUCCGAGAGUUCUCCCUCAAAGCAAAGAGACUCUGCUGCAGAACUACAACAAGAGGCUCAAAGAUGAUAUCAAGUCCAUCAUGGACAACUUCACAGAAAUCAUCAAAACAGCCAAAAUAGAAGAUGAGACUCAGGUUUCUCGACCAACCCAGGCAGAACAGGACCAUUAUGAGAUGCACGUGAGAGCUGCCAACAUUGUCCGUGCCGGCGAGUCCCUCAUGAAACUGGUGUCAGACCUGAAGCAGUUCCUGAUUUUAAAUGACUUUCCCUCGGUGAACGACGCCAUCAGCCUCCAGAACCAGCAGCUCCGCUCGCUGCAGGACGACUGCGACAAGAAGCUCACGUCGCUGCGGGACGAGAUCGCCAUCGACCUCUACGAGCUAGAGGAAGAAUAUUACUCCUCCAGGUACAAAUAAUAGGCUCUUACCCAUCCCACCGCCCCUCUGUUGUCCCACGCGCAGCUGGGGAGGGGGGGGGGGGUCACCUUUAACCUUUUUACUUCAGCUCCAUCUGACAAUAUUUGGGUUUAAAGUCCUCAUCGGCUCAAACCAUCUCUGAGUCAGACUGAACCUGAUUUCACCAAGUGCCUUUUCAUUGUUACUGUUCAGCAAGUGACCUGACCUUUUCUGUUUUAUUUAAUUUGUUUGGCUCGAGCAUUGGACAAACACUAGAUAUCUGCUGCAUCAGCAUUUCCAGCUCUCAGUCUCCAAGUCGACACGUAUUUCUGUGAAUCCAUUUGCGUUUAUUGUACAAUAGGAACACAUUUUAUAACUCAGAACCAAAGGCUUGGUGUGUGUGUGUGUGUGUGUGUGUGUGUGUGUGUGUGUGUGUGUGUGUGUGUGUGUGUGUUUUUACUGCAGAGCUACUUUUUUGUUGUUUAAAUAACAACAAGGACUUUUUCUGUUCUGCAACAUUCAAUAAACUUGGGGCAUUUUAAUAAACAUCCACAAAGAUUCAUUGUUUAAUAAAAUACAGAAGAAAUGAGCCCAUGUUGACUGUUUACUAGUGUUUUUAAUGCAAUAAAUGACGAUUAAUUUUAAGCACGUAACUACGUUUAUAAUCCAUAUGAGUUGAUUUUUGGUUAGGAAAAACAUUACAUUACAUUGGAAGAUCUAAAACAAUGAGAAUUUCUUUUUGUCUAAUUUUAUUUAAGAACCUGUUUAUAUGCUUUAUUUGAAAUCCAUUUAUAAAUGAUGGCCUAUAUUUUAGAUUUUAAGAAUUGUAAAAUUAGAUGUAAUUUUCAGUUUGUUUAUUUGAAUCAACUCUUAUUCUACUAAAUAGAUGUUUAUUCUGUAAGAGUAACUCCGCAGAUGUAAUGUUUUUGAACCAAAUAACCAGCGCCUGUAACCAUGAGAGGAGCCACACAUGGUGCAGUUUUAGAUUUGUCCCAUAAUCUCAGGAUGGUUGCGAAAUAAAGCAAAGACAAAACGCU